CACAAACAAGCAACACCCAAACUAAACCAUAGUUUCAUUUCCUCAAUCCGAAUUACACAAAUAUCCAAAUAAAAAACCCGACCCGAUGGCAUUCAUCGACGACGGCAUCGACCUUGACCCGUCGGAUUUCGGGUCAUCGGUUCCUCUGAAGAAGGUCCCAAACGGCGACGUAUUCGAGGCGUCACGUGCGGGCGACGUUGAGCGUCUCCGGUACCUGCUGGAGUCAGGCGUGAACGUGAAUGCGCGAGACCAGUGGGACUCCGUCGCACUCUACUACGCCUGCCUCGCCGGCCACCUCGACGCCGCCCGCAUGCUCCUGGAGAGCGGCGCCAUAUGCUCCGAACACACCUUCGACGGCGACCGGUGCCACUACGCCGCACUGAAUUUGAAGGUCCGAAAACUCCUAAAGGCGUUCGAGGCCCGUCCACCGCCAUUGGGCCCAUUACAGGCCUCUUUAAGGGACACUUUCUUGGCCUCCGAAGCUAACCGCUCUUACUACCUCCUCGCUGAUCCUUACUUUCAAAUUCCCGGUAUUUCAUCCACUCAGGGGUUCAGUUGCAGCAACUUUCCUACAGAUGUGGUUUUUAUUGUACAAGGAAGACCUAUUGAAGCUCACAGAGUCAUUUUAAGUGCAAGGUCACCAUUUUUCAAGAAAAAAUUUGAGACUGAUUGGAAAGAGCGCAGCGAAGUAAGAUUCUCGAGGGAAAAGUUGUCAUAUCCUGCACUUUAUAGUCUCAUACACUUCUUUUAUUCAGACAGAUUGGAGAUUGCCGUGGAUGACAUGGAAGAUCUUGUGAGAAUCUGCAAAGUGUGCAAAUGCGAAUCACUACAGAAAGUUCUUGAGAAAGAAGUGAUUCAUCAAAAAUAUGCAGAGUAUAAAGCAUUGGGAGAUGUAGAUAAUUCUCAAAAGCGGUAUAUUUUACAGGGUCUAUCCCUUCCUGAAGAAGACAGGCUUCCUGCAGCCUUGCAUCGAAUCCUUCUGACUGCCCUUUCAAAUUCCACUUUUGAAAAUGGUCAAGAUGAUGGAAUUGAUAAAUUGGUAUCUAGGAUGGGUGCCAUGCAGAUGACUAAAUCUCUUGACGAUCUUGCUGAUGUUUGUGCAAGAGUUGAUAGAAAAAUUUUCCGCUGCCAUAAAGUUAUUCUAGCCUCAAGGUCAGAAUAUUUUAAAGCAAGAUUGUCACGUAUGAAGGACUUCCAUGAAGGGAAAGAUGAGUUGUCUGUUGACUUGCUUCCUUGCCUUGAAGAACAUGACUUGAGCAUGGCAGCAUUUGAGAAAAUGAUUGAAUAUAUGUACACGGAUGGUUUGCAGGAUAUAAAUCCAGAUCAGGCUGAGGAAAUGUUUGAUGUUGCUUCUAGAUACUUAUUGUUUCCUCUUAAGCGUGCGGUGGCUGAUGUGUUGUUGCCACACUUAGAAAUGGUGUCACCUGAAGAACUUUGCCAUUGGUUAAUUCUAGCAGACAUGUAUGGUGUUGUCAAGAUUCGGGAAUAUUGUCUAGACACCAUUGCUUGUAAUUUUGAGACAUUUGCUGAUACUAAGGAAUUCCGCGCAAUACUGUUGACUUUGCCUCCACCGUCUGGAGACUCGUCUCUUCGUACCACUGUACCGAGCAUUCCUGGAUCUGCUCUAAAUGCUGAUCAAGGAAAUCUUCUUGAUGAUCUACGUGAGAAAUGGCUUGAAAUUGAAGCUGCUGAGCUUGAUCAAAGAGAUGAGAGUGCUUUGCAAUUUGACAAGCGCCUGGAGAUGCUUAUGCUUGUUGCAGAGCAAGAAAAAUCAUCAGGCAAUGCUGAUUCAGAUGGUAUUAAUGACCUCACACCCUUGGCUUUCUCCCCAAUCACCACACUAAUUUCAGAUGAACAAAAAGAACUAUAGAUUUCUGAACAAUUUUUUAAAAUGUAUCAAUUUUGCAUGUCAUCAAUGUCGUAUCUAUAGAUAGCAGGAUUCUUGAGUUAGGUUGCUCGGAGUGCUUAAGUUGUUUUUUUUUCUAACUUCAGUUGCUCGAGCAUUCGUUGAUUCGUAAA